AUGAGUGGUGUCAAUGUGGACACGGUGGUGAGCACAAACCCGCCGCCACCGGGCAUCUCGAGGCGAGUCACGGUACAGGUGAAGGUGGCCGUCCGAAAGCCUAUGACGUGGAGAGACGACGAACCCGCCUGGCAUUCGGAAGAGGUUGAUUCUUCUUUCCCUCCUCCUGCGCUGCGUCGGGAGACAUCGCAACGUCCGAUCUUCCGGGAGAAGGCACAAGUUGAGCCUUUCUCGACGGGUCAAGAAGACGUCGACAAAACUGGUAAGACAACAUUCGAUGUCGCUCCUGAGAUGGAAUCGCGUAUAGAGCCGCGGCAUCGAUACCAGAAAUUGGUUAAGACGCCAGAUCCAGUCGCAACCUCGGUCUCAGCCAGGCCGCCAACUUCGGUCCACAGCUCGGACUCUACGCCGCUACCAGCUCCGGUCCGAGAGCCCCAAACGAAGGAG